GGUCCAUGCUCCUAAUUUUUCUGCUUGCGAGCUGCCAAUAGGUGCCCACCAAGGCACAACAAGAGACUAACUAUCGGGACUGCCCGGCGAUUUGACCUAGUCUACUUCCACUCAUAAUGCGCUGAAGGGCGUUGCACGAUAGACACAAUAUGUCAGCCAUGUCAGCCAAAGGAAAAGAAGCGGUCGCCCAAAAGGAUGUUGGCGCGACCACGAACCCGAGAGGAAUACCCCAGGCGCCGUUCGUUGAUAAAGUCGAAGACUAUAUCACCUCAAGAGACGAUGUCCAGUCUACGCUACGCAGCUUCCAGGAGAUGAUCUCUAAAUAUCAAUUUAUGGAACUGAAUUUGCAAAGGAGGGUAGCUGGACUAAAAGACAAGAUGCCCGAUAUACAAAAGACUCUAGAAACAGUCAAGUUCCUGAAGACAAGGACGGAGGAAUCGGACCCGAUCGAGACAACGUUUGAGCUUAACGACACUUUAUAUGCGAAAGCGUCCAUACCCCCUACUGAAGAGGUGUACUUAUGGCUUGGUGCAAAUGUAAUGCUGGCAUAUCCCGUCGACGAGGCCGAGACCCUUUUAACGUCGAAAUUAGCGGCUGCAAAGCAGAGCUACGCCAAUUGCGAGGAAGACCUGGAUUUCUUAAGAGAGCAGAUUACAACUAUGGAGGUUGCAGUAGCACGAGUGUACAACUGGGAAGUUGUUCAGAAGCGAAAAGAAAAGGCAGACGAGGAACGGAAAGGGAAAGGGACUGAGGACGGUGAUGAGCAGCCAAACGGAUGAAGGGCUACAGGGUCAGUUGCAAGCUGUUAGGUCGGCCGACUAAACAAGACAUACUAGGCACCAUCUUUACCAAUAAGACCUCCUGCCUUUUUACCAUAUCCCAAGCGAAAGGUUGAUGGGAAUGUAUGUGGGUUUAAUCUUAUUGUCUACUCGUGCCCGCGUGUUGAUAACACACAAUAUGACAAUUCUUUCCGACCUAAAGAUGAGAAUGGCAAUUCGCUACUUACGUUGUUCUCAUCGAAUCUAUAAACUUACCUUAUUUUCCCUAAUGUUGUUUGACUUUAGGUUACGUAUA